AUGCCGGCGCGGGUGCGGCGCCUGACCUACCAGCGUCUGGACUCGAUCAGUCGACACUGCAAGCAGCAGCUGGAGGACAUCGAGCGCUGGCUGCUGCAGGUCAACGCGCGUCUGGAGGCGGCCAACAACGACCUGGCGCAGCAAAAGGCGCUGCAGGAGGAGAUCGGCGAGCGCGGUGUGGAGCUGGAGUCGGUGCGCUGGGAGGCGGCCGACCUGACGGGCCAGGACCGCGACAAGCUGGCCACCAUCCUGGACGACCUCAGCCAGCGCUGGAAGGCCGCGCAGGACCGCUGCAAGCAGUACCAGAAGGUCAUGGAGGCGAAGGCGAUCGACGGCCAGGCGGCGCUGUCGCCGGCGGCGGCGUUCGCCGGCCGCGUCAGUGCGGUCCGCGAGGCGGUGGCCACCGUGCAGCGCCAGCUGGCCUCGGCCCCCAUCGGCGUCCGGCAGUACGAGCGGUUCAACGCCCGCGAGGAGGCGCUCAAGAGCAUCCGCGGGGCGAUGGACGCGCUGGAGCCGCGCGUGGACGAGCAGCUGACGGACCUGGCAUCGCUGACCUCCGCUGACACGGCGCAGCGGCAGAUGGCGCAGCGGGCGGCCGACAAGCUGCGCGACGACUGGCGCCAGCUGCAGCAGGGCUACCAGGAGCGUCACAGCAACUGGUGCCGGUGCCGCGACACGUGGCGCGCGCUGCAGGAGAACAUGCACGAGUUCGGCCAGUGGCUGGUGACGGCCGAGGCGCGCAUCACUGAGACGCGCCGGCUUGGCACCGCCCAGCUGCCGCAGCUGCGCGCCUGUCAGAAAGAGCUCGAGAAACAGGUCACCGUCAAGCACAACGUGUACACGGCCAUCUCGUCGGCGAGCCGGGAGGUGAUCGGCGGUCUGUCCGCCGCCGAGGCCACCACCUUCCUGGAGAAGAUCGAGAACCUCAACAAGCGCUGGAAGGGCGUGCUGGCCGAGCUGGCGGCGCGUCGUGAACGAAUCUCCACCAUGGAGGACGAGCAGGAGGCGCACACGCAGACGGCGGCGCUGCUGGGCUGGACGGAGUCUGUGCUGACGCUCACACAGCAGCAGCUGAAUCCCAGUGACGAGGGCGCUCUUAUCGUCAACAGCAGCGUGGCCAAGUCGCGGCUGGAGGAGCUGCCCGACAAGAAGGCCCUGGCCGAGAAGCUGUCGUGGCCAGAGCGACAGUUCCGGCCACUGGACCAGCUCAGCAAGAUCAGCGCUAACCUAGAGCGGGUGGGCGACACGCUGCCGGGCUACGCGGCCCGUCUGCAGCAGCAGCUGUCGGUGGUGCAGCGGCUCUACCAGGGCCUGACCGCGCUCAGCGACUGGUCUCAGCGCCGCACCAACGAGGUGGCCGGCUGGGGCACCGACAAGCGUACCGACCAGCAGCAGCUACUGGCGGCCGACCUGGGAGAGAAGCAGCAGGAGUGGCGCGCGGUCGUGACCCAGUACGAGCAGCUGGAGCAGGCCUGCCAAGCGGCCGGCCAGCCGGUGGCCGAGGACGUCAAGGGUCGCGUGGACGCCCUGCAGACCGCCUGGCAGCAGCUGCAGGCCGUCUCCGAGGGCCGCCAGGUCAAGGUCACGCCGGCGGCGGCGGCUCCGGCGGCGCGACCGACCCCGGCGGCCGGCCCGCCCGCGCCAGGCACCGCCACCGGACGGAAAAUCGACAAGCCGUUCAUCAAGGAAGCGCUGAAGCGUGUGACGGCGGCCAUAGUGCACGUGGAGCCGCGCGUGUACGUGUCCAGGCUGCUGCGGCCGGGGGCCCAGGCUCAGCCGGUGUCCGCGGCGCCGGUGUCGCCAUCGUCACCCGACUCCGCCGACUCGGCGGAGGCGUGGCGGGCGGGCUCGCUGCCGCCCAGCUUCCCUUCGCCUCUGACGCGACACCGCACCUUCAGCCCGUCGGCGCUGGUCGGCAGCCUGGACAAGAGCAUCACCCAGAUCACCGACUGGCUGGCGCUCAUUACGCGCAUGUGUGAGCGCCCCGUGGUGGUCGGCGACGCCGAGGACGUGGCCAAGAUGACCGCGAAGCACAAGAACGUGUUACGCGAGCUGGAGUCGCGCAAGCCCCAGCUGAGUGAUCUGGUCAACUCCGCCGACGGACUGAAGGACGACUCCAACCGGCAGCAGGUGCACACUAAAGUGAGCCAGCUGAGAGAGGGCUGGGACCAGACAGAGGCGGCCGUGCACCGGCGACUCAGCCAGCUGGAGACAGCGCGGCUGGACUCGGCCGGCUGGGAGGCGGCGCGGGCUGAGCUGGCCGGCUGGCUGGGCCGGCUGGAGACGCGCGUCGAUCAGCUGCCGCCUAUGGGCCACACGGCCGACAUGCUGGAGGCGCAGAUCAAGGAGCAGAAGGCGCUGCACCUGGAGGUGCACCAGUACAAGCAGCGCAUGGAGGCAUUCAGCCAGCUGACGCAGCAGCUGAUCGCCAGCUGCCAGCGCGAGGACACGCGCCACAUCAAGCGGACCAUGGAGCAGGUCAACCAGCGCUACAGCAGCUUGAACGCCAGCAUUAUCGCGCGCGGCAAGAGCCUCCACUCGGCCGUGUCGUCGCUCUCCAACUUUGACCAGGCGCUGGAGCGCUUCUCGGCCUGGAUGUCGGAGACCGAGUCUCAGCUGGAGUACAUCGACGGCGAGGUGGACCGGCUCGGUGCCAGGCAGGACGCCCAGGCGCUCAAGACGCCCUGCAACCAGCUGAAGGACCUGCAGACCGAGAUCGACUCGCACCGCGACGUGUACGCCUCGCUGAGCACCAGCGGCCAGAAGCUGGGCGCCGGCCUCGACAGCGCCGAGGAGGCCUCCAUGCUGCAGUGCCGACUCGACCAGAUGAACCAUCGCUGGAACUACCUCAAGAACCGCGCCGUCGCCAUCAAGAACCGCGUGGAGAGCAGCUCCGAGAGCUGGAGCGCGCUGCUGCUGUCGCUGCGCGAGCUGCUGGAGUGGACCAUCCGCAAGGACACCGAGCUUGGUCGGCUGGGCUUGAUCACCGGCGACGUGCCGUCGCUGCAGCGGCAGCAGGAGGAGGUGCGCUCGCUGCUGGCCCAGCUGGAGGACAAGCAGGCGCUGAUCGACAGCAAGCUGAAGGCGGCGCGAGCCGUCAGCGCCGCCGAGCCGACCGCCUUCUCCGAGUCGAGCGACAGUGAAGCGCGCAGCGACGCGGACGGCGACGGCCGCGGCUACCGCUCGGACGCAGAGCAGACGCGCGACCUGGUGCGGUCCAUCCGCCGCGACACGGCCAAGCUGAGCGACAAGUGGGCCGAGCUGCGCCAGCAGACCGACAUGUGCCGCCGCAAGAUCGACGCCACGCUGGUGAAGAUGCACGUGCUGGAGAAGUGCAUGAACGACGUGGAGGAGCGGCUGUCGCAGGCCGAGCUGGCGCGCGGCGGCUGGACCAAGGAUGACGUCACCACCGACGGUGACGUCACCCAGUACAAGCAGCUCAACAAUCAGCUGGUGGGCGCGCAACGGAGCCUGGACGACGUGAACGACCAGGCGGCGCGGCUGGCGGCCAACAGCGUGCCACUGAACCCGGCGCAGCUGUCCCGGCUGGAGGCGCUCAACACGCGCAUGAAGUCGCUGACGGCGGCCAUGGACGAGCGCUACCAACAGGUGUCGGGCGGCCGGCCGGCGGCGCCGCACACCGCCGCCGGCUUCCUGCGCCGCUCCGUCCAGCCUCCCUGGGAGCGCUCGGCGGCCGCCAACCAAGUGCCUUACUACAUCAACCACGCCACGCAGCAGACCCAGUGGGACCACCCGCAGCUGAGCGAGCUGAUGCAGUCGCUGUCGCAGCUGAACACGGUGCGCUUCUCGGCGUACCGCACGUCGCUGAAGCUGCGCCGUCUGCAGCGGCGGCUGGCGCUCCACCACCUGCCGCUGGCGCACGCCGUCGAGGCCUUCGACGGACACGGCCUGCGCGCGCAGAACGAUAAGCUGAUCGACGUGCCCGACAUGCUGACCGUGCUGGCGACGCUGUACGAGACGAUAGCGGCCGAGAGCGCCGAGCAGGUGGACAUGCCCGUCUGCCUCGACCUCUGCAUGAACUGGCUGCUCAACGUCUACGACAGCCAGCGCACCGGCCAGCUGCGCGUGCUCUCCUUCAAGGUCGGCAUCGUGGCGCUCUCCAAGGGCCACCUGGAGGAGAAGUACCGCUACAUGUUCCGGCUGAUCGCCGACCCGCAGCGGCAGGCGGACCAGCGCAAGCUGGGCCUGCUGCUGCACGACCUGGUGCAGCUGCCGCGCCAGCUGGGCGAGGUGGCCGCGUUCGGCGGCUCCAACAUCGAGCCGUCGGUGCGGAGCUGCUUCCAGCAGGCGGGCGGCGAGCGCACCACCAUCGAGGCCGUCCACCUGCUGGCCUGGCUCAAGCACGAGCCGCAGAGCCUGGUCUGGCUGCCGGUGCUGCACCGGGUGGCCGGCGCCGAGCGGGCCCGCCACCAGGCCAAGUGUAACGUCUGCAAGGAGUACCCGAUCAUCGGCUUCAGGUACCGGUGCCUGAAGUGCUUCAACUUCGACAUGUGUCAGGAGUGCUUCUUCACCGGCCGCGUCUCCAAGAGCCAUAAGCUGACUCAUCCCAUGCACGAGUACUGUACGGAGAGCUCGUCCAGCGACGACAUCAAGGACUUCACCAAGUCGUUGCGCAACAAGUUCAAGUCGAAGCGCUACUUCAAGAAGCACCCGAAGCUGGGCUACCUGCCGGUGCAGACGGUUCUCGAGGGGGACGCGCUGGAGUCGCCGACGGCCUCGCCGCAGCACCAGUCGCCGGAGCGGGGACAGCUCUACAACAGCAGCUGCCGCAUGUCCGACACGGAGACGCGCAGCUACUCCACGCCCGAGAGUGAGGACGAGCAUCAGCUGAUCAUGCAGUACUGCCACAGCCUGAACACGAGCAACGGCUCGGCGGCCGGCGGCGGCCCGGUGCCCUGCAGCCCGGUGCAGCUGGUGCGCCAGAUCGACGGCAGCCAGCGCGAGCAGCUGGAGGGCAUGAUCCGCGAGCUCGAGGACGAGAACCGCAGCCUGCAGGCCGAGUACCAGCGGCUGCGUGGCGUGGGCGGCGCGGCCGCCGAGCUGCCGGCCAGCCCGCGCGACCAGGAGAUGCUGAACGAGGCGCGCCUGCUGCGCCAGCACAAGGGCCGCCUCGAGACGCGCAUGCAGGUGCUCGAGGAGCACAACCGGCAGCUGGAGCAGCAGCUCAGCAAGCUGCGGCGCCUCCUGGACGAGGGCGGCGGCGGCGGCAGCAGCCUCUCUCGGACGGGCACGCUACAGACGCGCUCCGUCACCGCCUCGCAGCUGGCCACCGACUCGCCGGCGCGCACCAACGGCACCUCGCUUGCACGCGAAGGAGACUUGGGUAAAGCAGUCGGCGAGCUCGUCACCGUCAUGACGGAUGAGGAGCCAUCUCCCGACGAUCGACCAAAGUAGUAGUUCCUUAGACGCCGCUCCAUCUGCCGGGACGACUUGUGGCCAAGACCAUUGAACGGAUGUUUCUAAUUUUUGGGAUCCUCCUCGGUGCAAACUUUGAUACGACGUUUACGAUGUUACGGCAUAUCAUGUACAAUAUCACCCAAACUUGCUUCCAAACACAUAUCCUUCAUUCUGUACCGGGCGGCGAAAUUGAGGCGCUGGCCGGGACGGCUGCUGAGGUGCGCACGCCCGGGACUGGCGGGGCCGGGGCGCCGGCGGCCGGGUGCUCCAGGCCACCGGCCGCCGCUGAAGACGUGCCACGGGGCCGUUUGUCUGCUCGCGGAGCUGGACAGACGUAGCGAUAGUGUUGCCGAGAGCUGGCAACUUGUUGAACCCAUUCCCUGGGCCGACCGCUGUAGUGUAGCCUUGCACAUUAUUGCUUCGGUUCGAGCCGGUGAACGCGUGCUCGUUGGAGAAGAUUUUAAUAAUUUUGUAAUAGCUUUUGCGCAAUUAUCACCACACGUAGCGUCGAAAAGCGUCGGUUUAUUUAUGUGUGUAGGGAGCUUACUAGGUGCCCCGCUGGAGCAGGUAAUGUGCUAGACGAUUUUAAUCUCAUUGACAUAUGAUUCCCGAAAUUGUGUUGAGAUGAAUCGCUCGCCGUUGUUGAUCACAUUUAUUUCCUGAGAUUUAAUUCUCAGAGAGUAUGAAAUAUACCUUCACACAAUAAU